UCUCGUGUUAAAUUAAGUCAAUUAAUAAAUGGAGACACAUUAAGCAAUCAAUUUUGUCAGCCUAUCUCCCCAGCAUUAUGUGUGGCUGGCUGUAAUCACAAGAUAAAUGCAGUGUGCUGAUCUAUGGUAAUGUUCAAUAAUACAUUCUCCGCCAGGCUCAAUUCAUCAGGGAGUUUCAGUAGGGGAGGUAUUUGUUAUUGGCUGUCUCUGAACCUCAAGGAUAACAUUUCUGUCCUUUUGAUUGGCUGCCUCGCUGCUGCAAGAUUCUAACCGUCUUAUUUUGAUGAUGAAUAUGAAGGCGCGCUAAGCCGGGCUGGAGCGGAGUGUCUCGGAGGCUGUGCUCCAUUCAGAGCCCAAGGACUUACAGCUUCCUCCGCUGCCUUCCUGUGCCAACGACCCCCCAAAAGUUGUGAUGCUUUUCUUUACACAGUGCUUUGGGGCUGUGUUGGAUCUCAUUCACCUCCGGUUUCAGCACUACAAGGCUAAACGGGUUUUCUCUGCUGCUGGGCAACUUGUCUGUGUGGUCAACCCCACCAACAAUCUAAAGUAUGUGUCUAGUAGACGGGCCAUCACUCAGAACUCUGCUGAGCAAGGUAGCUUCCACCCGCACCAUCUUCCCCACCACCAUCGCCACCACUGUCACCACAACCACCUUUAUCAGCAUGCCCGUCCUCACCACCUCCACCACCAGGAGCCCGGGCUGCACAGCACUCAGGUGACACCCUGCAUUUGCCCCCUGUUCUCCUGCCAAUGGGAAGGGCACCUGGAGGUGGUGGUCCCUCACCUGCGGCAAAUCCACAGGAUCGACAUCCUGCACGGAGCGGAGAUAGUGUUCCUGGCCACGGACAUGCACCUCCCUGCGCCAGCUGAUUGGAUCAUCAUGCACUCCUGCCUCGGCCAUCACUUCCUGCUGGUGCUCAGGAAACAGGAACGGCAUGAAGGGCACCCUCAGUUCUUUGCUACCAUGAUGCUGAUUGGGACCCCCACCCAGGCCGACUGCUUCACCUAUCGCCUGGAGCUCAACAGAAACCACAGGCGUCUCAAAUGGGAGGCCACCCCGAGAUCCGUCCUGGAGUGUGUGGACUCAGUCAUCACAGACGGGGACUGCCUGGUUCUCAACACCUCACUGGCCCAGCUCUUCUCUGACAAUGGCAGCCUCGCCAUUGGAAUCGCCAUCACCGAGACGGAGGUCAGAGCCAGGGAUGCUGCUGAGAUGUGAGACCAGGAGCGGCCGGAUCUCCUGUGCACCUCGGACCUCUAGACAGCAGGACCUAUUGAUUACCCUUCUUUCUUUUCUUUCUUUUUCGUCUCAGGUAAUUUGAGGUAUUAGUAUUCGUCUGCCAUGGGCAUUAUAUUAUGUAAACAACUGUGAUUCAAGAUCUUGGUGUGAAAUCUGUCCUGUGUUGUUGGUAAAAUUUUGUAGAACAUUCAGAAGAGUCUACCAGAAUAGUUAUUUCCCACCAUUGUUAGUUCUUUUUUUCACUGCCUCCAAAGGGAACAAGUACCACAGUUACCAAGAAGCAGAGCACUGGAGUUAAAGGCUCCCAAACACAUCCUUCUUUCCCUCUUCCGGCUGCUUCAGAAAGAGCCUGCCUUGUCAUGGGUGAGGCAGCAUGUCCUCGGGAGAAAACCCUGACAGCC